AGAGCCAGAUCCGGACGUGUUUCCGGUCCCUCCGGUCUUGGAGCUGGUUCGCGACCCUACAGGUCCUGUGUUUCUUGUUUCUUCUAUGGUUUUGUCGUGGUUUGUGGUGAUGGGGGUCUAUCCCAGUUCCCGUGGCUCCCUGCUGGUUUUCCUGACGCUGCUUGUCUCCGGCCCCCCCCCUUUGGUCGCCUGGGACGCCGACCUGGAGCUACUGGACCUGGUGGAGGAGAUCCCACAGACCUUCUACCAGUUCUUAAACUUGGACCAGGACGCGUCUCCAGCGGACAUAAAGAAGGCGUACCGCCGGCUGUCCCUGAUUCUGCAUCCUGAUAAGAACAAAGAUGAAAAUGCUGAAACUCAGUUCAGACAGCUGGUGGCCAUUUAUGAAGUCCUGAAGGAUGAGGAGAGGCGGCACAGGUAUGAUGACAUCUUGGAAAACGGGCUUCCUGAUUGGCGGCAGCCGGUCUUCUACUACAGACGGGUGAGGAAGAUGAGCAAUGCUGAGUUGGGCUUCCUCCUCUUCCUCAUCUUCACCAUCGGGCACUAUGGUGUCAUCUGGUCAAUCUACCUGCAGAAAAAGCUGGACGAGCUGCUGACGAAGAAGAAGAAGGAGAAGAAAAAAAAGCUGAGCUCCAGACCGGUUGAGGAGGUCAGGUGUGCUGGUCAGGACGCCACCAACAGAAAUCAGGAGCGACCUCACUGGCAGGACAUCCUCCCUCUGAAGCUGAGCAUCUGGAUUUACCUGUCCGUCAAAAACCUGCCUCAGGCCGUCCAGGAAGUGAAGCAGUACUAUGCGGACUACCAGCAGAUGAAGCAACAGCAGAAGGAGGAAGCGGAGUCGGAACAGGAGGCUGUCAUAAGAGAAAAACGGCCCAAGGUGAAGAAGCCCAAAGUGGAGUUUCCUGUUUACGAGUGUUCUUCAGACAACCCCAGUUACCAAAGGUACGACCAGACCACGUCCAUCGAGGACAUCGAAGACCAGAUGGACAACUGGCUGCAGGACCUCAAACGAAAGAAGACUGCAGAAUGGACAGAAGAGGAGCUGAGUUUUCUCAGCAGGUUGAUGGUGAAAUUCCCAGGAGGAACUCCAGGUCGGUGGGAAAAGAUUGCUCAUGAACUGGGACGAUCAGUGUCUGAUGUGACAACAAAAGUCAAACACGUGAAAGACAACGUGAACCACAACCCAGGUUUGGUUAAGCUGUCAGAGUUAAAGGAAUCUUUCCUUCCUGUGAGAUCACUUCCUGUUGCCGACGGCCUGAUGACUCAGCGUUCGGACCGAUAUUGCGAGGAGGAAGAGGAGGAGGCGGAAGAGGAGGAGGCUCCCGUGAUCCGGAGGAGAAACAGGAAGUGUCCCACAGCAUCUAAUGGAGGGGAUGUGAAGGUCCGAGGUCGGCGGCAGAGGGACUUUGACCCAACUGUGGUGGACGAUGAGGAGGUGGAACCACAGGAGAUUAAAGAGAAGGUGAGCGCCGCCACCUGGACCCAGAACCAGCAGAAACUUCUGGAACUGGCUCUGCAGCAAUUCCCCCGAGGAACCACGGAACGCUGGGAGCGGAUCGCCAAGGUGGUCCCCAUGAAGACCAAGGAGGAGUGUAUGAUCCGCUACAAGAUGUUGGCUGAACUGGUCCAGAAGAGGAAACAGGUGAAGAGCUGAUGGUGACCGUUGCUCCGCCCCCUCUUGGCAGGUGAAUGAUCAGGUGACCUGCCUCUGGUGUGGACUCACCUCCUCAGGUGUGCUGAGUGCAGGUCACCUGACCUUGUGACCUCACAGCUUUCUGUGCCUUAUUGCAGGUCAACAUGCUGCCAGUCAAUGUGUUCUCUGAUCAAUGAGCAGUAUUUAUUAUGGGAUGUUUUUGUUUACAGAUUAAUAAACACAAAAUAUUUAGGUUUCCAAAUAAAACAUCAGAAAAUAAAAUCAGUUUUUAU